AAAGGUUGCUGCUGAAUUCAGGCAGAAUUUAAAGCCAUCCUUGCCCAAAUUAGACCUAUUCCUGUAUCAGUUUGAAACGCGCACACAUUGUUUUACAGGCAUCUCUGGGAAGGCCUGAACUAUGGUAGGCAGUGCCAAUUAGCAUUCCGAACCUGUGGGGCAAAUAUCUUCUAGACAGAUAUGUAAGGAAAAAUGACUGCUGGCUCCAUUUUAGCGCCUCAAGUUAUACCACUUCGAGCCUCAAUCCCGGGCAAAGCUAAACACGAAAUAGACACAAACACACUUGUUGCAAUCAAAUCAGAUAGCUCUGCUGUCACCAUAUAUUACACUCUUGAUGGAAGCAAACCACAGCUCUUUAGGAAAUUUGGUUCCAGAGAUCAUACUACUUUUAAAUAUCAGGAACCGAUCACGUUACCAGAUGGGAAAAUAACAAUAAAAGCACUGGCAGUCACAAAAGACGGCCGGGAAAGUGCAAUCGUAACCCGAGUAUUCGUGGUAGAAUAUGUGACUCCGAACACAGAUGGAUCUCACGAGGAUAAUGCUGAGGAGUCCCUGAACGUUCUCUGCAGGCAGGAGAUGGGAAAUGAGCUGUCGGACUUAAGGCUUGGAGAGAAGGAAGUGAAUGUGGAAAGCAAUUUCAGCUGCAGUGGAGUUGUGCGAGAAUUUCAAGGUUUAUCCCAAGGAAAAAGUUAUCUGUGCUCACUGCUCAGUGGACCACGUUUGUUGAACGCCUCGGAUGUUAAAGAGGAGUCUAACGCUGCCACUUUGCCUCAGUUACAGGCCUGGGAGCAAGCAGACGUUUCGUUGCCAACGCCAACCCCCAAUUUAGCAGAGAAAAAACAACAAGGAACCCAAACCAUUGGCUUGUUCUAUCCAUCUAGCAAGCUUCUAGAGCAACAAAGUCAUCGGUUGGCUUCUCAAAAGAAGCAACAGAAUAAGAUCAGCCAUCCCAAGGUCACAGCCAUCAGUCCCGGACAAGGUUACUGGAGGCAGCAGCUGGCUCAUAUUUGUGCUCACCUCAGAAGCUAUGCACAGAAUAACCUGGAAUUCAGGAGUGUGGUGGGAGAACCUCAGCUGGGGAGGCUUAUUUCUGCUACAGUCCACAAGGAUAGUAAUCAAGUCAGUCUCCACAUAAAUUAUGCUCUGGCUGAAAGUAAGGAGAGUAAACCAGUGGCCUUCUGCUGUCCUGAGCGGAGCCCCAGUGGAGAAGUCGGAGCCGGACUGUAUGACAGCCAAAGCGCAGGUGACGAGACAAGCCCCAGUGAGAAAGCCAGAAGAAGGAUGAGCACAUGGAAGUGUCUCGGCGAAGAAGACAAGCUGACGGCGGAGUCAAGGCAGUUACUGAGAGAAGUGGGUCCAGAAGGACAGGGACAGCCUUUCCUGGUGGAGCAGCUGAUCGAUGAGGGCGCGGACCCCAACUGCACCGACGGCGCUGGCCCACCCGCUUUAACGCUGGCUGUCCUCAACAAGCAUCCGCAGGUCAUUCCUGUUCUUGUGCAGAAAGGCGCGGACAUUGAUCGCCAGUCAGGAAGGCUCAAGAACACAGCCCUUCAUGAAGCCCUCUCGCUCGGACUGGGCGGCUUGGGAUGCAUCGAAGCGCUGCUGAGAUGUAAUGCAAGCAUUAAAAAGGAGAACGCCCAUGGGCUGACGGCCUGUGACAUGGCGCUGAAGAGUGGCAAUGACCAAAUCAUGUCCUUGUUUGCUGGUAAGCUAGGAUGACAAAUUCACCCCACCCAAGCUGAGUCCUGCUAACGACUGAUGGAUAGUUUUUGUGAACAAAAUCAUGCUGAAACAAUGUGUAAAAUUGUG